AUGCUAGCUGCCGAUAGACUCGAUACUUCCCAUAUCGAAAUCAAGCAGGCUGGCAAGGCUGGCUUCGGUUUGACACCUAUGACUGGAAUUCGUCGUGUCUCACCUGCGCUUGACGGAUUCCACGGACGCCAGCCAAAAGUCAAGCGUAAAGAGCACCCCGACGAAAAAGAGCAAAGAGGCACAAAGGGUCAGAAACAAAAGAAUGCGAACCUCCGUAUCCUCUUCCGAAGCGACGCUUUCGUCAGCCGAGGAAUGAAGCGAUGGCGACAUCGGUCUUUGCUCGCUCGUCGCUCGGGCCUUAUCGCAACAUCUGUUCACGCGCUUUCCUUCCAAGGGGCCAAAAGGCGACGUUUCGCCCACACGAGCGAGACACACCUACACACCCCGCGCCCAGCACCGCCCCCGUCAAUACCUGGGAGACAAUGGUACAACUACAACCCGACCACGUUGGAUGCACUUUUCUUCUGCAGCACAAACACCACCACCAUAAACAUCCUUGCCCCUCCAGCCACUCUUCUCAUUGGUUUGGGCGAAAUCGAACCAGAGGCCUAA